AUGUCCUAUCGUGAGCCCAUCUACAGCGACAAUCGGCCCUUUGCUUUUGCACCCAAUUCGCAAGAACAAGCUCGCGCUCUCUACGCAGAGGCUUCAGCACCACCACAGCCGGCCUUCGCACCUGAGCCCAAUUACGCGCCGUACCCAUCGCAAGUCAUGAACAGCGCAAGCAACGGCCAUCCUGCGACCGAAGCGGCCUCCAGCAUCGACCGCUUCGCACACUCUCCUGCUGACAACAUGAAUGGCGUUCAGCAUCCGCCUCUUCGGACCAAGCGUGCCCGGGAUGAUUCCCCAGAGCACGACAGCAGAGCUCAAAGAACCUCCGUAUCGCAGACCGACGGCUCGCUCGACGAUGCCAACGGUCAAAAGACGGAUGCGAGCGGCAACGUCACCAUGUUUCAGUGCAGAGGCUUCGGCGACUGCCGCAUGGUCUUUACGAGAAGCGAGCAUCUCGCCCGUCACGUCCGUAAGCACACUGGAGAACGGCCAUUCCGAUGCCACUGCGGUAAGGCCUUCUCGCGUCUCGAUAAUCUCCGCCAGCACGCCCAGACGGUGCACGCCGACAUGCCAGAGCGCAACGAGAUCAUGAUGCAAGAGCUCUCGUCACUUCACGCCUCACUCGCCCAGUCCGCCGCCCAGGCUCAACAUGCACAUGCCCAAGUUCUCGGCAAGAGCAGCUCGCCAGGCGCUCUGAUCGCCAGCCAUAAUCAUACAGCGCGGAGGGGCAAGGGUAGCGGUAAGACGAGCGCAGCGACAAGAGCUGCGCGUGGUGCCGGCCAUGAGCGAUCUGGAUCGCCCUCGUCGCCUCAAGAAACGCCGCAAAAUCACUCGGAAGCCUCAAAUCCCGGCAUGUACGCACAGAACGUCGGCUACUCGGCUGCCUUUGAUGGUCUCAAUACAGCGCCGACCAUCUCUGCACCAACGCAUUUCGGAGCAAACACUCCCUCCAUGGCGGUCUGGCCUGGUCAAGGCCACCAGUACGGCCAUUCGGCCCCCGAUCAAUCACAUCCUGCUCCUUCUGCUCCCUACGGCGCUCCCUCUCAGUCCUUCGACAUUCCUCCACACGCUACGCCUCAAGAAGCGCAGUACUAUGCAGGCGAAGCUGCCCCUGCACCAGAGUACGCGCCGCCGCAGCCACUCUAUCACACCGAUGCCUUGCCAGAAGGUCAUGCGGAUCGAUACAUGGCUUCUUUCGACCCCUACGGUCGGUCAACCGCCGUGCUUGCCGAAAGGCGCCUCUCGGGACAGCUUGCAACGGCUUCAGCACCAGUGCAAAGCUGGCGACCGACGGGCCCACCCCUCGAGACGGCUCUUGCCGGCAGCCAUUACGCCGCCGCAGAUGCUGCGAGCAGCGCCACUCAUCCACCCGCCUUUGUCAAUCCAUUCUGGCGCAGCUCGAACGCCGAAUAUGUGCCGGCUGACGGAGAGGAGCUCGCGCCGCAGUACCACAGCGGCUUUUCCGAUGGUGAGGCCGAUCCGAGAUCUCACUACGAAUCUACGCUGUCCGCUCAUCUGCACAUGCGCACGCCGACAUUGGCCAAACGUGCACGUGCCGACAGUCCACCUCCGUCACGCGGUAGCAUUCGCGCAUCGUUCGACGCAGGUUCGGCUCCUCUCCUGCCGCCUCCUGGCAGCGCACACGGACGCCCUCCCAGCAGCGCCCACGGCGGUCGACCUCUGACUUCGCACAAUCGUCCCGUUCUACCACCGCUGUCGUCCAUCACGCCUAGUGCCAGUCGACCAGGAACAGCUGCAGCGCUCAGCGCAAGUCGUCCCGGCUCCAUGGCCACACAAAGACUUCCAAGCAUCGACCAACAGCUGCUGGCAACGUCGGCAGAGCUCGACCGAGACGAUGAGGCAAAGGGCGGCAGCUACCGACCUUACACCAGCCCAGCUGGCGCCAACAAUCCAGAUGGCGCUCAAGCGUCCAAACCGUUUCUGCCGCCUUCCUCGUUGCGAUCCUCGCGUCCUUCGUUCAGCUCACGUGGCGAAGCGCGCUUGCCCACAGCUUCAGAGCUCACCGACCGUCCGAUCACCUCAUCGUCUCCAUGGAACAGCGAGCGUCGCCCGUUAACUUCGGGAUCAUCCAUGGCCGGCAAAACGCGCGGCUCGAUCCAAGCCAAUGGAGGUGACCUUCCGCCUCUGACAUCCGGUUUGGCGCAUCUGGACGAUCGUCGAGAUUCGCGCGCCUCGCGUCGAGGCUCAGCAUACGAAUUGACCGGACCGGUCAUCGAUCGUCCUCGGCUUGGUUCUUCUUACAACGCCCGAGAGACGGUUGCUCCGCCGAGACUGCAGACCGAUAGCUCCGAGCUCCGAACCAGUCCGACCAACAACGCCUCGCCGUUCAUGUUCCAGCCGCCGCCUCUGCCUCGCGAAAGCAGCUCAGCUUCGUUGCGACCGUCUGCCGACCGACAUGCAAGUGCGUUUGGUACAGACUGGCGAAGGCCGAGCUCGAGCACGGCUCCGGACGCACACGUGAUUUCACGCAGGCUUGGCUCGAGCAGCGGCUCGGCUCUUGGAUUCGGCGGUCGUGAGGAUGGCAGCGGCUCGAGACCCGGAUCAAGCAGCGGUCUGCCUGCUGCUAGCCGCGAGCUGACGCUUCCUCCUCUCAAGUCCUCGCAUGGUCCCAGUCGGCGCGGUUCGAGCUCGAUCGCCGCACUGUUGCAAGGUGAAGGCGGGAGAGGAAGCGGUCUACGACCAAGCGCGUGGUCGCGUCCUCUGACAUCAGGCGAUGCUCCUGCCCCUAAAUUUGGCGGCAACGGGUACAGCCGUGUAUCGUCUUCGCGCGGAGGAGCAUCCAGCGAUGACGAAGGGGAGGCUUCCGACCGUCGCCGCUCGCUGGCGCAUGACCAGCGCGGCUCGACAAGGGAGGGGCUCACCCGACGCCCAUCGACAUCGGCAGGUGCGGGAUCGACUCGGUUUGCAGCAAGCUUCGACAAUCGCAACGGCUCGGAAAGUCCCGGUCAUUGA